CAAGGACAACGCAAGAAAUGACCCAAUACUACAGCUGGAAAAUAUUAUGGACCAAACUCCUUCAAGUGUCUUGUUGGUCCCCUGGAGUCAGAGGAUAAAGAAGCAAAGAAAUGUCGUGCAGCAAUUAAUGAUGCUGCUAACGAGGUGUGUCCCAAUUAGGGGAAUUAAUGAAUCCCCUGUGUUGCAGUAAUGUGCCUAUUCAGCUCCCAGCAGGGGUGCCCUCAGUGCCUGGGCUCCCAUAAUCCUCUUAACCCCUCCGUCUCUGCUGCCAGUGUGCUGCUGCCUGUGUGCUGCUGCUUGUCACCCUCACAUUUGUUGAAUAUGCAGCAGCCACAGUAGAUCAGGUGACUACGACUAUUCCAUAUUUCAGCCAAUGGUUGGAUGAGCCGGUCCAGGAGAGGGCGAGUGUAUGGGGAUCCUCAUUUGUUGCGUGAUUAGUGGUCUCGUUUGUGUACCCAAGCACCAAAAAAGGAGGAGUGGCUAUGUUUCAGCCAUGGAAAAUUGUGGCUAUAAAGGGGAUUGUACGUCGCACUUCAACGACACCAACACAUUAUCAACUAUUAGCAGGUUUGAAAUGAAGGGGAAGCGUAGGGCAGAUAGGUGGAGCAAGGAGAAGAGGGCAGCACGGAUGGUGCUGGCAUAAAACGAGGGGGCGAUAGCAACAGAGCAGAGUCACGGUCACGGUCCGAAUAGGCAGCGAACACUACUCAAAUACUAGCGUACAAAAAUGACUGAUGAAGAAACUGCAAGCUUGGAUACGAUUGGAAUGGGUCUGCGAGUAAAUAUUUCCCCCACGCAGAUAACCUUCUACAUUAUGCUGGUCGUUCUCGGCAUCUUGGGAAAUGGCACGGUAGUCGCCGUGGUUGGGGAGAGUGUAUUCUACGACAGUGGUAGCGGGAAGGGCUCCGAUCUCAUCCUGGUCAACAUGGCGUUGUCAAAUCUGUUGGUGUCACUGACAAGGAACUCACUCCUGGUGCUGUCUGACUUGGGACUGGAGCUGUACUCCUCCAGAGAGUGGUGCCGGUUUCUGAUGUGCACCUGGGUGUGGCUUCGCUCCGUCAACGUGUGGUCGACUCUGUUCCUCAGCGCUUUCCACCUGCAGACCCUGCGCCGCGUGGCCCCUUCUGGGGCCAACCUGUAUGGCCCCCGGGGGCCCCCCAAGCCCCUGUUAAUGGGGUUGGGUUCUAUCUGGGCCCUCAACCUCCUGUACUCGGUCCCUGCUUUCAUCUACUCCACUAGUGGUGACCGGAACAGUACUGAGACUCUGAUGUUGAUCAGCAGUACAACACGGCCCCUCCUGGGCUGUGUGUGGGACUUCCCCUCACCCUAUGGCGGCUUGGCGUAUGCCACCGUUUCCAUGGUGAUCCACGAGACCAUGCCCAUCAUCCUAAUGACCAUCACAAACCUGGGCUCCCUGUACACACUCUACGCUCACGGACGAUCGCGUACAAUCAGCCACGUGGCCCAGAACGCCCCUGUGAUUCGCAGGGUCCCAGCCGAGAGGCGGGCUGCCAAGGUGAUUCUGGGUCUCAUCAUGUUGUUCAUUGUGUCCUGGGGGACCAGCAUCAUCUCUGUGAACUACUUCAAUUAUAACCGCGGCUCGUCUGCUGAGUUUCUGCUGGUUGUGGCGCGCUACGCCAACACGGCCUUCAUCGCCCUGUCUCCCAUGGUGCUGGCGAUCGGACACCGCCGUCUCCGGGCUGUGUUCAAGUCUGUCAUGAUUCACUGACAAGAGCAGCAGAUAGGCUGCUUUACCAUAGAAAGGGACCAAGAGGAUCGUUCUGAUGAGGUUCAAACUGGAGUUUUGAAUUUCUGAAAUGGUCUUUUUCGAUCCAUGUAUGAUUUGAAUGGUUCAUUUCCAAACAACUUUAGGAAGUAUUGAAGUAUCUGGAGUAUUUUCCAAUGCUACUUUGUAGUGUAGUGUAAAACAAAAACAAAAAAACAGAAGCAUGGCAAUCACAUCCAUCAAGCCAAAAUAUUAUUUGGGCACCCGUCAGAAAUGCAGCUGCUAAAACAGCUGAAAUUAAUUUGUGGGCCGGUUUCAUUUCACAGAAAUGACCAAAAAAAUAUGUAACUGAGCUUUUUUUGCCCUUUCCCUCUUCAUCUGCUUUAUAUUCUUUUGAGUCCAUGCCAUUUGCCAUCCACAGUAACUCUGACUACACUGGCCUAAAGGCUGUGGUGUAAGAUAAAUAAAAUAAUAUAAUUGU